AUGGGUCUCCUAGCGUACGAAGAGCCUGCUAGGCGGCUGGAGCAACUUCUUUACUGGCGUGCAGCCGAGCAGCCAGAUGCCCCAGCCAUUGAGGACCAGGGAGAUGUUGUUGAUUACAAAACGGCUCUGUACCGUGCCAAAACGAUUGCCAAUGCGCUUUUCAGAGCCGCGUCUGAGAAUGACGUACCAUUACACCAAAAUCCAACGGUGGGACUCUGUAUCCAAAGAGGAUCGAGCGCCAUUGUUGCUCUCUUGGGCAUCCUAGUAGCCGGCUGCUGCUAUGUUCCUCUCACUUUAGACGCCGGGACCGAGAGGCUAGCGAGGACUUUCGAGAUAUCCGGCGUCCAGAUCGUCCUCACCGACGAUGCCUCUUCUCAGGCUCUAAGCGACAAGCUAGAUGAUGCCGAAACCGGCACUAAGCCAUUGCUGCUCAGCGUGCAAACACUUCUUGCCAGUCACACAGACCGUGGCACAACAGACGUCAGGCUGCCCUCAACACCGUUAGAGAACAGCGCGGCCUACACGCUCUUUUCGUCCGGUACCACCGGGAAACCAAAGGGCAUUACCAUGUCUCAUUCCUCAGUGCUCCAUUACCUGGAUGCAAGCAGGCGCACCUUUAAAACCAACAGCCUCGAUCGCUGGCUCCACGCAGCCCCCUACACCUUCGACGUCAGCCUCGAGGAGCUCUUCGUGCCGCUCAGCGCCGGCGCUUGCAUCGUCUGCCAGCCUCAGAGGGGCCUCGACUCGCUCACUGGCUACCUCGAGUUUAUCACCACCUCGCGAAUCACAGCCGUGUCAAUGCCCACGGCCUUCUGGCACCGUUUGUCGCCGCAUCUCGUUGACAGUGGCGAAAGCCUGCCUAGCACUCUCCGCCUCGUGGUCAUCGGGGGGGAAGCUGCACGUACCGAUGCAUACCGGCAUUGGGCUUCUGCUGUGAAAGGCAGUGUCGAGCUUGUCAACGCCUAUGGGCCCACGGAAUCCUGCAUCUCAGCGACAUUUGGGACACGCUUCGACCUCAGUGACACGACGUUGAACAUUGGAAGGCCCUUACCGGGGAUGAAAGCCUAUGUUGCCGAGCAUGACUCCAACGUGCUCGUGCCUGAUGGUCAAGUCGGGCGUUUGCUGCUUGCCGGGCCUCAGCUGGCUGUUGGCUACCUAAGCGAUCAAACGCUCACGGCGACCAAGUUCGUCCCCAACCCGUUCGAGGAAUGGGUGAUGCCUGGCUACGAGCGUGUCUACAACACGGGGGACCUUGUGGUCCGAAAACCGACAGGUGAGCUUGGCUUCUGCGGUCGGGUCGAUUUGCAGCUCCAGGUCCGGGGUCAGAGAGUCGAGGCCGAGGGCGUGGAGUCGGUUCUAGCGGGCUGCGCAUCUGUCAUGGAAGCCUCCAUUAUCGUAGUGGAGGACCAGGGAUCCGAGGCCAUGGUCGCAUUUCUCGUCGCGCGCGAGGGCCACCCUGAAGAGACCGUUUUGUCCGAUGCCGAGAAGAGCUGCGCCAUCCAUCUGAUAGCUUUUGAGAAGCCUUCGCACUUUGUAUUGCUGGAAAAGCUGCCGCUCAACUCAAGCGGCAAAGUAGACAAGAAGGCCUUGGCUGUCGAGUGGUGUGAACGGAGACCCAAGGCUGCCAAUGCAUCAGUUUCACCAGUCAUCACCGAUACAGAGAAGUCGCUGGCCGAUUUAUGGCGGCAGACGCUUUCUCUCGAGCCAUCAGUUCAGCUUGGGAGGGAAAGUAACCUCGCUAGGCUCGGCGGCCAUUCUUUGACCAUGGUCACGUUGACGAGCAAAAUAUACAACCGAUUCAAUGUCAGGGUCACUGUGCCCGAGCUUCUACGGCACCAGCAGCUGUCGGACAUGGCCGUCUUAUUGGAAAGUAGGCCAGCCAGCUUUGCGGGCAAGCCAUCAGCCACCCCCGAUGCCGACGAGGUCUUUGACCUAACACCGAGCCAGGAGCAGCUGUAUCUGGCUCAGAGCAAAGAGCCCGACUCCCCAUUUUUCAACGACGGCGUGGCGAUCGAGAUUCAGGGAUCUUAUGACUCGCAGCUUCUCGAGGCCGCCAUUAGGCGCAUUGUGAGGCGGCAUGAAGCCCUUCGAUGCGUGCUCGUCGGUGCUGGAAGCGCUGGUAAGGUGAAACAACGCAUUCUCCCGCUCAGCGGUUCGCUGUGGGAGAGUAUCUGGAAUCAUCAAGUGGUUCGCCCAGAUAAUCUCAAGCGGGUCAGCGCCGACUUGUUUAGUAUUCCUCUAGACCUCUUCUCUGGGCCCUUGCUCAAGAUCCAUCUACUAGAAGCCGAGAAUCCCGAAGGGAUGCCGGAUGCAAGAAUAUCGGUCCUGAUCGUACAGGCGCAUCACAUUUGCUGGGACGGUUUCUCCGACGGCAUCUUUCUCGAGGAGCUCAACACCUUGUACCAAGACCCCGUUGCUGCUUUAGAAUCCAUUGUCCCCGUCGUGGCCACGCUCGACUUACAGUCCAUACCGGCCGAAGCCUCCAUUACGGAACUGAGCGAUUACCUCCGCAAUGUGCCCGAGUCCGUCGGCCUGCCCACCGACCUGGCGCCUCCGCAGAAGAAAAGCUACAGCCGAGGCGGCGUUCUGCGAUUUGAGCUGCCUGCUACCCUGAUGCGUCAAGCUCUUGCAUCGGCUGGUCGUAACAUCACGCCAACAUCGCUGUUGCUUACCGUGUACGCAGCUGUGCUUCGACGUUUCGCCGGUGGUCAGAGCGACCUCGCCCUGGGAGUACCCAUGGCCAACAGAGUGACGGCCGAAACUGCAGCGUGUAUAGGCUUCUUCGUCAACAUGCUGCCUCUCCGAGUCCAAGCCGAGGAGGAGCAUCGGCUGUCUGACCUUCUCGACAUGGUCGAGGCCGGACUGGGUACACUGCGCAGAAACCAGCAUGUGCUCCUGGCUGAUGUAUAUCGUCGACAGCAGAGCUCAAGCUCCACACACGAAAGAUUGCUCAGGUUCUGCUUCUCCUUCCAGGACGCCCCUGAGGGAAAAUUGGCCGACGCCUGCGCCUUCAAGCGGUGGCCGCUCCACAACGGCGCCGCACGCGCCGACUUGACUUGCUUUACCGAGCUCUGCGUUGAUGGAUCCAUCUCGGGCGAGCUCGAGUACGAUGCAGACCUCUUCGACCGCGAAACGAUAGCUUCCAUUUCAGAUUGCAUGAGUUGCGUAUUACAGCGCAUCGCUUCACAUCGGGCAUGGGAGAUCCCUGUUGGACAACUGACCUUGGUCGAGACGCAGCCAAAAGAUCUGCUGGCCAUAGGAGACAAAACUCGCAAGCACCCAGAAGAUCUAGGUGCAUACCUUCUUCGGGCUGUUGAUACUUGUAGGCAGAACAACGUUGCGAUAGUCGACGAGGUCUCGAACUGCUGCAUCACAUAUGAAGAGCUAUCACGGAUGGCAAGACAUCUAGCUCACCAGAUUCAUCUCACAGCUUCACGGCCGGGCGCAGUUCUACUGCUUCUCCGAAGAUCAUGGGAGGUUCCCGUCUCCCAGAUCGCCUCCGCUCUGGCUGACCGACCUUGGAUAUGCUGCGACGUGAAUCAGCCCCGCGAAAGAGUCAUGCGCAUAAUCGACGACGCAAAACCGGGCUGUAUCAUCACGCAAAGCGGCAUUGACGCCGAUCUCCCAUCCCUUUCCACCCACGGCGUUCCUAUCAUCUACCCCGUGGAGCUUUUCAACGGCCCACGGGACGCUGCUUGGGAUAUUCCCCAGACGUCUCGGGAACCCAGCUUGGCCUAUGUCAUCUACACCAGCGGAACGACUGGGACGCCGAAAGGAGUGGCCAUCGAGCAGCAGAGCCUCAUCCAGUUCCUCGAUCAUAUCCGGUCGUGGACAGCGCGACCUGGGGGCCCGACGGUAUUCAACAGCAUUCUCACCUCGAAUACGGCGUUUGACGGGUCCUUGUCCCAGAUGUACUCGGCGCUCACAACCGGCGGAAGGCUCAUCCUUGCCAAGCACGGGGGCGAGCAGGAUGGAGAGUACAUCGCCGCAACGCUGAGCAAGCAUGAGAUCAACUACCUCUGCACCACCACGGCCGCGAUCCGCUUGUGGAUGAGCCAGGCCUCACAGUCACAUCCCGAAUUCUUCGGGCCUCGCUUCCGCUGCCUUCUCCUCGGCGGGGAUGAGCUGCCUCCUGCAUUCUUGUCGCUCAUAUACGCGCGGUCGAGCUGCCCCGAAAAGGUCGAGGUGAAGAACGUGUAUGGCCCUACCGAAGGCACCAUUUUCUCGUCAUAUGGGGAUUACAGGGCGUCCGACCUGAGCUGGCUGACUGGCAGACGUCGGAGCCCCAUCGACACGACGCUACCAAGCGCGGCCAUCUCGAUUGUCGGUCCAGACUUGCGAGACCUCCCCAGGGGCGCUGUGGGUGAGAUAGUCAUCUGGGGAUCCUGUCUAGCCAGAGAGUAUCUCAGCCUGCCCGAACUGAACGCGGCCAAGUUCAUCUCCCGCGAAAAACUGCGCGGGUGGAGGACGGGUGAUCUCGGGAGGUGGACGGGCUCAGGCAGUGGCGCUUUUGAGGUCCUGGGGAGGUCGGACUCGAUGCGCAAGGUCCUGGGCGGGUUUCGUGUCGACUUGGACGAAGUCGGACUGGCCGUGGCUAGUCAUCCAGAAGUCCGAGAAGCCCACGUCUCGGCCGUGGACGAAGAGGAUGGAGCGGGCGCAAAGCAAACCAAGGUGGUGGCCCAUGUCGUUUUGCACCGGCAGUGGCGUGAACAGCAAGACCUCGAGACGGUUUCCAACUGGCGAACCAUGUUCACCGAUGUCAACCAUAGCCUGGAGGAAUACGAUGACGAGGGGAUCGAUCUGGGGUUCGACUACCGGGGCUGGGCUUCGAGCUUCGACCGGAGCACUAUUCCGAAGGAGGACAUGGAGGAGUGGGUAAACUGUACCGUGGAGCGGAUCCUCGACCUGGACUGCUUCCGGGGAGGACAGAAACCGCGGGUUGCCGAGAUAGGCUGCGGCACAGGCAUGAUCUUGUUCCGCCUCGCAGACAAGGUCAGCAGCUAUUACGGCACAGACCUGGCCGAGUCCACGGUGGCCCAGGUGCAGCAACAUGCCGGGACCUUGGGGCACCACCACAUCCGGACACAGGCACUCCCAGCGCAUGAGUUCGACAGCCUGCUGUCCGAGGGCGAGCAAUUCGACCUCAUCAUAUGCAACUCGGUGGCCCAGUACUUUCCAUCUCUCGAGUAUCUCGACCAGGUGCUCCGGCGAGCCCGCAACAGGCAGGCCCCGUCGGGGUUGCUCUUCAUGGGCGAUAUACGUCACGAGGGACUCAAGAUACACCAUGCCGUCACGUCGGCGUUUUCCAGGGGCGCCAGAACAGCCGCAGCACUGCAGGUGUCCGCAGCCGACAUCCUGGACAAAGAUAAAGAGCUUCAGGUUGACCCUUCCUUCUUUGUAGACCGGUGUGGUGCAGUCAAUCGGCUCUUCGAAGGGCGUGCAAGGAUCGAGUGGAGGAGAGGAUCGGCCCCAACGGAGAUGACGCUAUUCCGGUACGAUGCGGUGCUCAUGAUGGUCGAGGAAGCUGAAGAAGACGAGACGCGACUAGAACGGUCUGUCUCGUGGGGGCAGGGGCAGCAGCAUCGACUCUCUGAUAUGCACACUCUUCUUCCAUCCGACACCGACAUCAUGAUUUUCCAAGACGUCCCGAACAAGCGGCUUCAGGUAUCGGAGCACCUGAGACGUUUUCUUGAUCCCACGUCAGCGACUGCCGGCCAUGAUGCUGUCUCGGCCGUGCUAGAGUCUGGCGCAACGCGGACAGGCUGGGAUCCAGAGGUCUUGGUUUCUCAAGUGCAAGCGACGGGGUACGACGCCUUGAUUGUGCCCUCGCCAAAGACGCCUGUGGCUUUUGACUUGGUUGUCUUUCGGCCGUCGUCGUUGUUCCGGAGCGCCGCGACAAGCUGGGCCUUCACACACCUCUCCGAGUUUAAUGCUUGCUCCAACACUACUCAACAGCCUUUAUGUAGUCGAGCAGAUAUGUCGCAGCUAACCCGGAGGUCAAUCUUCAUGCAUCUAUUCCACAAGAUGCCUCGCUAUAUGAUACCACACUAUAUGAUAUCCGUCGACGGCCUCCCCCUCGCAGGAACUGGCAAGGUCAAUGCCAAGCUCCUCCCAGCACCACGGCCUGGUGACCUGCUAAGCGGGGCCGCAUCACCUCAACAUCACCAACAAGAAAGCGGACACUCUGAGGACCCCGACAGCAAGCCCGGUGCGGCUAUAGUUCCCAGCGAUAUCCUCCCACUGGCCCGCGACAUCGCAGGCAUCUUCACCGAAGUCCUCGGCCGCCCCUGCUCUGUGCACGACGACUUCUUCUUCAGCGGGGGCCACUCCAUUCUCGCAGCGCGCGCGGUCCAGAUGAUGCGUACCCGCUUAUGGGGGGGAGGCCUGGCGGUGCCCUUCACAGCCGUCCUGGCCCAUCCGACGCCAACGGCGCUGGCCGCGCGCCUGGCCGACAUGCGCCGUUGGCAAGACCAAACCGGCGACCUGCCCGCGCCCUUGGUGCUGCUCCGGCCUGCUGCUACUAUUGCAUACUCGGGGAAGGAGGGGGGGAAUGAGAGGGAUGAAGAGAACCAGGGUAUGAUGAUGGACAUCGUCGUCAUGCAUCCCAUCGGGGGCGGCUUGAUGCCCAUGGCAGAAUUUGCCGAUGCCCUGGGCGCGCGGCUCCGGGGGGCGGCCCGGAUCGUUGGGUUACCGUGGACUAGUAGUGGUCGCGAACUCGCCACCACGAGGAGGGAAGAAGAAGAAGAAGAAGAGGCUUCCUCCCCCCUGACGGUGGAGGCCCUCGCGAUGAGGUAUGCCGACAUCUUGGCCGACUUCAUCAGUGCCCGCAGCAGAACGGGUCGUGACUCCAAGCAGCCGCUGUACUUGCUGGGAUGGAGCUUUGGAGGCACCUUGGCCUACGAGACGGGCAAGCGCAUACAGUCUAUGGUGGUGGAGCAAGGCCAGGAGGAAGAAACCAGUGUGCGGGUCAUCCUGCUCGACGCCCCGACUCUCGACGCCGCGGUGCGUGAAAUCGACCCCUGCGCCCUGGUGGCCGAGAAUUACGCCGAGCAUAUUAUCGAUUAUGUCGCGGAGCGCACCCGCAGCAGCAGCGCCAACAUGUCAGCGUCUGAGAAGAAGAAGAAGAACAAGUCGACGGCUCAGAGCCAGACCCAGAGCGACCAGGUCCAGAUCUUGACUCAGCUACUCAUGGACAGUCGGUUCGACGAGUACACGGACCUGGUGGCCCUUCCGCCUCUGGUCCGGAAAUGCUACGAUAAGUCCCGCGGCAUCCCGUCCUGGAUCGCGGACGCGGACCUCGUCGAGUCGUCGCUUGGGCCAGCCACGGUCUAG